CAGGGCAUUGUGGGCGGGGGCGGGGCUGUGUGCACUUCCGCCUCAGCUCCGGCAUGGCGCGGGGCAUGCUGCUGCUGCUGCUCCUCCAGUGUGCCACGCCGGGUUGCGCUGAGAACUCCAGCUUUCCGGCCAUGCCAAGCAACCACACAAGCGGGGGCCUCCCGGACACGGGCUCCGCGAUGCUUCGCUUAUUCUACGUAAUCACUGGGCUCUGCGGCCUCAUCUCGGUUUACUUCCUCAUCCGGGCUUUUAGACUCAAGAAGCCACAGCGAAGGAGGUAUGGGCUCCUGACCAACACGGAGGAGCAUGAAGAGAUAGACUCUCAGGACAGCGAGGAAGAGACUGUCUUUGAAACCAGGAAUCUGAGAUGAUGUUGAGAUGGAGAUGACAGGCUGCAAGGACAAGAGAGGACAUGUAGUUCUGUGAGCUCUGAUGUCAACCUUCCUGGACGGAGCCUGCACAGCCCUAGCAGGCCGCAUGGGCCAGGACAGCAUAGAGACCUCCUUGAGAUGAGCUCACAGACUCCAGGCCCCCAAGGCCAGGCUGAUUCUGGCCGCUCUGUCAGUCUGCCUCCCGUAAGGGACAAGAUGGAGCACAUGGACCUUGGGAUCUCUGUGCACCUUCCUGCUGCUUUGGCAACAAUAAAUGAAGCAGUGGCUUUGUAGCUUA